AUGGAGAAAGCCACCCAAGAGACCAUCGAAGAUGUUAAAUCCCCGGAUCCGCGAACCCUCCUCGAUGCAAAAUUUGAAAAACAUCUGCUAUGGAAAUGCGACCUGCAUGUCGUUCCUAUUCUCACAUUGCUCUUCAUGCUCGCGUUCCUAGACCGGAUUAAUAUCGGAAAUGCACGACUUAUGGGUCUUGAGGAUGACCUGAAGAUGAGCGGACAUCAGUAUAAUAUCGCACUCGCCAGUAUCUUGGCCGGUGCUCUCCUUGCCUACGCCAUCAACAACAUGGACGGUCUCGCCGGAUACAGCGGCUGGCGUUGGAUUUUUAUUAUCGAGGGUCUAGCCACCAUUGUCGCUGCCGUCAUUUCCAAGUUUAUUAUCGUCGAUUGGCCAGAAACAGCCUCCUUCUUGACGGAAGACGAACGCGCGCUGCUCCUCCGUCGACUAUCUGAAGAUCAAGGCGAGGCUAAAAUGAACAGACUGGAUAAGAGAUCCGUGGCGUGGAUCUUCACAGAUCCGAAAAUCUACCUUGGUCCAAUCAUGUACUUCGGCAUUGUGAACACCGGCUACGCCGUCUCAUUCUUCACUCCGACCAUUCUAAACCAGCUCGGAUGGACGGCCGUCCGUGCCCAAGUUAUGAGCAUCCCCAUAUACGCCAUCGCCAUGGUAGUCUCACUGUCGAUGGCAUUCCUCAGCGACCGUCUGAAACAUCGCUAUGGAUUCACCCUUGCGGGCUGUCUGAUCGCCACAACUGGCUACGUGCUCCUGAUCUGUCAAACGGCGAUACCCGUCGGCGCUCGGUAUUUCGCUCUCGUCGCCAUCACGAGCGGCGGGUACCUGACGCAGCCGAUCCUGAUGGGUUGGUUGAGCAAUAACAUGGGCGGACAUUAUAAGCAGUCUGUUGCGUCUGCGAUGCAGAUCGGGUUCGGGAAUUGUGGCGGCCUGGUCGCCAGUAAUAUCUUCUAUCAGAAGGAGGCUCCAGGCUACCAUACUGGGUAUAGGAGAGAAUAG